AUGUCUCUCAGUCGCCGCGAUGCAAAAAAAGCAAGAGGGGACCGCGACAAUUCGUCCCUCUUGUCCGCGAUGGCAUACGACGAUGACGCGUCAUCCAUUAACAGCCGAGACCAAGAUACGGACAGCGAAGACGAUGCCCUGCAGCAGCGUGCGAGGAACAGCCGCGAACUCCUUGCCCACGACCGGAUUGUGCUGAUGGAAGAGGAGGAACUGGACCAGCUGGUGACAAAGUCAAGACGAAAUCAGGAGCUGGUGCGACGAGGCUCAGCGCUUGCGCUCCCCAAUCCAUUCAAGAAUCUGGUGCGCAAGCCCAGUCUGGGGAGCAUAUCGACUGGCGGCAGUUCCUCGAACGAGAACCUCGUGGCGGAAAAGGGCAAGGGCUCGUCGGAGAACAAAAAGCAAAAGAGGCGUGCAAGACGGGAAACGAAGCGCCAGAGGCUCCUGGAAGAGGCCCAGCAUGGCGAGGACGGCGAGCUGAUGUACGAAAUGGAAGAGGGAGGCAUGAAGGAGGGCAGCUCCACCGGAUCCAGCAGCGAAAGCGAGGAGUACGAUCGCCAUAACCUCCAUGCUUUUGCCAAUGCAAAGGCACAGCGAGGAAGGGGCUGGCGCCGCUGGCUAUUCAUUCACUCAUUAAUCGCUAUUGGGUUUGCGAUUCUGGUUCUGGCUUCGUGGAAGCUUUCAAAGGGGCGCAAGUCGGCGAAAUCGUCCAAAGUUCGUCUUGUCAGCAACGGAACUGCGCUGUUUGCGCCUACCACUAUCAUUAUCAGCCUCGACGGUUUCCGUGCCGACUUUUUACAGCGGGGAAUUACGCCAAGGUUAAACGCCUUUGUCAAGGAGGGCGUUUCUCCCAAAUGGAUGCACCCGUCGUUUCCCUCUGUUACAUUCCCCAACCACUAUACCCUGGCGACAGGUCUAUACCCCGAGGCUCACGGCAUUGUGGGCAACACUUUCUGGGACCCUGAGCUGGAGGCAGAGUUUCACUACACUGAUCCAGCCCGAAGUCUUGACCCCAAGUGGUGGGGCGGAGAGCCGUUCUGGGUGACGGCUGAGAAGCAGGAUGUCCGAGCUGCAAUUCAUAUGUGGCCCGGAAGCGAAGCGCACAUUCUAAACAAGGAGCCUGCCUUUGUUGACAAGUAUAAUGGCAAGGAAGAGCUGGAUAACAAGGUUUCAAGGAUUCUUGGGUGGCUGGACAUGCCUGGGAAAGAGAGUGGAUCUGUCGCAGUUGUGGAGAUGAGACCACAGCUCAUUGCAGCGUAUGUUCCCAACGUCGAUGGCCAUGGUCAUGCGUAUGGACCAAACAGUACAGAGAUCCAAGCUACGAUUCAAAAGGUUGAUUCGAUGAUGGACAAGAUCUUCAAGGGACUUGACGAGCGAAAUUUGACAGACAUUGUCAAUGUCAUUGUUGUGUCGGACCAUGGCAUGGCUACGACGGAUACAUCUCGGGUGCUCCAAUUAGAGGAUCUCAUCGACACCUCGAAGAUUGAGCACACUGACGGCUGGCCUUUGUAUGGACUUCGGCCAAAGAAUCCCGAUGAUCUACAAGGUCUAUACGACGGCUUGGCGGAAAAGGCCAAAUCUAAUCCCAACUUUGACGUCUAUCUCCGUGAUGUGAAUAUGCCGGAGCGAUAUCACUUUUCUAAAAACGACCGCAUUGCUCCUCUAUGGAUUGUGCCAAAGACUGGCUGGGCUAUUGCUGCCAAGGAAGAAUUUGAUGUUGAGGAGGCCAAGAAGAAGAACCUUGUAUACCAUCCUCGUGGUUUACAUGGGUACGACCACGAACACCCGCUGAUGAGGGCCAUCUUCAUUGCAAGAGGCCCAGCAUUUCCUCAUCCGGCGAACAGCCAAGUCGAUGUUUUCCAAAACAUCGAAGUCUACAAUUUGCUGUGUGAUUCGCUGGGCAUGACACCGAAGCCCAACAAUGGAACGUUGCGUCUGCCCUUUAAGCCGAUUGGCACCCACAAAUCGGAAGACGAGCCAAAGAUACCGCAAGAUCCGGUUACAUCAUAUUCUCUCACUUCGGCGUCGUCUUUACAAGCUGCAAAGACUAAGACUAUUGAGCGCCCCUCGGUGCCGCCCAAGCCAACAACAACUUCUUCUUCUCCGGUUGCUGAGCCGACGCAUUUGACUUCCACAACAACCACCUCAAGUGUAGCUGCAGCAGGGACGCCAACGCAGAAGCCACAAGAUCAAGAUGGUGGCGCUGGGAAGGACGAGGAUUCCCCGGACAAACCGCAAAGCAUAUGGGACUGGUUUUCGGAUAAGUUUGAUAAAGUUUGGCAUAAGAUCACUGGCGAAUCUAAGGAUUCAAAUUGA